AUGGCAGGGAGCCUCACUUGGGUGGCAGGCAGGAGCCUAUGGGGCCAGGUGCUGCUGGCCUGCAGAAGCUUCUCUCUGGGUGUUCCUAGAUUGUUCCAUGUAAGGGUCACCCUCCCUCCCCACAAAGUGGUUGAUCAUUGGAAUGAGACAAGGGCCAUAUUUUGGGUAUCUGACAACAUCGGGAUCCUGGGAAACUUUGAAAAGCACCCCAAAGAACUGAUCAAGAGCCCCAUAUGUCUUCGAGGCUGGAAGGGGAAUGAAUUGCAGCAUUGUAUCCGAAAGAAGAGAAUGGUUGGAAAUCGGAUGUUCAUUGAUGACCUGCACAACCUGAACAAACGCAUCACCUAUCUCUACAAACGCUUUAACCGGCAUGUACAAGUACCGGUAGAAGAGAAAGCUGGGAACUGUGGAAGAGGCAUAUCUCUCACCCAAGAGAAGGGGAAAGUACUCUUCCUUAUGAGGAAAGGGAUUUGUAUGCUUUCAAGAAUAAAAUGA